AGGGUGAGCUAAACGAGAAGAAAACAAAGAGAAGAAGACGAGCCGAAGAAGAAGAGGAAGUGAGCUCUGGCAAUGGCCAUGGAAUCCGCCGUCAAACUCCACAAUCCUCUCCUUCUCCCUCUCCUCCCUCGCCCUUCCUCCCUCUCUAGACCCUUCUCCUUCUCCUCCUCUUCCUCCUCCUCUCCUCGCAAACCCCUCCUUCUCCGCGCCUCUCACCAUCCCUCCCCAUCCACUCCCAUUUCCAAAGCCCUCCAAACAAUCUCAAUCUCCGCCGCCGCCACCGUCGCUGCCGCCGCCGCCCUCCUCCUUGCCCGUCCUCAUCGUUCCCCUUUUGCUUCCCUCUCCGCCACCACCGUCCAGUCCGAACCCCAGCCUCAGACCCAGCCCCAGCCCGAAUUCACUCUCCCUGAAGCCCUAGCUGAUGAGGAUAAGGAGCAAGCCCUUGAAAACCACCUUGCUUCCUACCCCGACGACGUGAAAUCGCUUCGCGCACUCAUGGAGAUCAAGGUCAGGUUCCGGAAGCUCCCUGAUGCCGUUGCCGUUGCUGACAGGCUCAUCCUACUCGAGCCUGGCGAUGCUGAUCUCCCCCUGCUUCGAUCCCACUUCCUCUUCUAUAAUGGGGAUGUUGAGGUCGCGAAGGAGGGAUUCGAGGGUGUCCUCUCUACUGAUCCCUUUGUCGUCGAGGCGUACCAUGGGUUGGUAAUGGCUGCGUCCAAGAACGAAGAUGAGCUUGAUGGCAUUUUGAAUAGAGUUGAGGAGAUGAUGGAGAAGUGCAAGAAGGAUAAUAGGAAGGUGGAGCUGAGGGAUUUCAAGCUGCUGAAGGCUCAGGUGAAGGUGAUACAGGGGGACUAUGAAGAGGCGCUGGAGAUAUAUGAGGGCUUGGUGAAGGAGGAGCCUAGAGAUUUCCGGCCUUAUCUUUGCCAAGGUAUUAUAUAUACUCUGUUGAGGAAGAAGGAAGAGGCAAUGAAGCAAUUUGAUAAGUACCGGAGGCUUGUGCCAAGGGGGCAUCCAUAUGCCAAGUACUUUGAAGAGAAUAUGGUAGCCAUGGGUGCUAUGAUGGAAAACAAGACCAAAGCUUCUAACUAAAAAUAAGGUAACAAUGGCUCCUAUAUUUUUAGGGAAUAAUUUGGAAGGUUUUAUUCAAUGUUGCACCUGAAAGUUGAAUUUUUGUUUUUGGUUUUUUGGUGGAUAAAUUUGCUCUCGAGAUUAUAUAGGCAGCUGAAGUUGUUAACUUGUUCUAGACUUUCAGUUCUUAGAAGAGGAGAGUGUUGCCUGCAACUUCUUUUCGAGCAGUGUUCUUUAUUUGUUAAUUUAUGGACAUUGUCAUAUCCUAUUAGUUUGUUAGUCGAUAUCGGUGGUUUUAUUUAUUUAUUUUUUCAUU